AUGGAGGUCUAUGGGGGACGCACAGGCCGGCAGACAGUUCAGAGGGUCCUCGGAGCUGAUAAGUCGUCCCCAUACAGACCAGACGAGAGUUCGGCGCUAUUGACCCUCCAGAACAGCGCUCUUUCAGCAGAUGGCAGCAGCUCCAACAGCAGCCAAGAUUCACUGCACAAGGCCAGUAAGAAGAAAAGCAUCAAGUCUUCCAUUGGCCGCCUUUUUGGGAAGAAGGAGAAAGGAAGGAUGGGCCAGCCUGGACGGGACGGAUCCGCAUCCCUCGCUUCUACACCCUCUGAAGAUCUGGCCUCUGGAGACCCCAUGGGGAUGAACAAGACCGGGACUCUGGGUCCUGCAGAUAAAGACCGCCGCAGCAAGAAGAAGCAUGAGCUACUGGAAGAAGCAUGUCGCCAAGGACUUCCCUUUGCAUCUUGGGAUGGACCUACUGUUGUGUCUUGGUUGGAGCUGUGGGUGGGAAUGCCGGCGUGGUACGUGGCAGCUUGUCGGGCCAACGUGAAGAGUGGUGCGAUUAUGGCCAACCUGUCUGACACGGAGAUCCAGAGGGAGAUCGGCAUCAGUAACCCGCUGCAUCGCCUCAAACUGCGGCUGGCCAUUCAGGAGAUGGUGUCCCUCACCAGCCCCUCUGCCCCCGCCAGCACCCGCUCUUCGACCAGUAACGUGUGGAUGACCCACGCAGAGAUGGAGUCCCUGAACGCAGCCACCAAGCCUCCGCUGAAAGAGUUCAGCUGGGAUCAGAUACUGGCCUACGGCGAUAUGAAUCAUGAGUGGGUGGGUAACGACUGGCUGCCCAGCCUGGGUCUGCCACAGUAUCGCAGUUAUUUCAUGGAGUCCCUGGUGGAUGCCCGCAUGUUGGACCACCUGACCAAGAAGGAGCUCCGAGGACAGCUGAAGAUGGUGGACAGCUUCCACAGGGUCAGCUUGCAUUACGGCAUCAUGUGCCUGAAGCGUCUGAAUUACGAUCGCAAAGAGCUGGAACGGAGGAGAGAGGAGAGCGUCCACCAGAACAAAGAUGUGAUGGUGUGGUCGAAUGAGCGUGUAAUGUGCUGGGUGCAAACUAUUGGCCUGAAGGAGUACGCUGACAACCUCCGUGAGAGCGGCGUCCAUGGGGCUCUGCUGGCUUUAGACGACACCUUCGACUACACUGACCUGGCCCUGCUCCUGCAGAUUCCCAAUCAGAACACACAGGUACUGGGCAGCCUGGAGCAAGAGUACAACUCCCUCAUCUCCAUGGGAACCGAGAGACGGCCUGAUGAGGAUGGAACUAAGACGUUCACCCGCUCACCCUCCUGGAGGAAGAUGUUUAGGGAGAAGGACCUACGGGGCGUGACCUCUGACUCCGCCGAGACCCUGCCUGCUAACUUCCGUGCCUCAGCCAUCUCCACGCCCUCCGUUACCCUGAGAAAGGUUCAGAGUGAUGCCAACUCUGGUGCCCGGGGUGAAUCUGCCUCAGUGGAGGACGUACUCCUGUUGAGGGGCUGA